UCUAGGUGUAAAUUGAUUGUCGUUCUCCAGAUCCAAUAUUUCAUGUGAGCCAAUCACAAAGAAUCCUUGGUUCCAUCUCGAUGUCUUCCGUUUCCUACUUGGGCUCUACACUCAUCGGUGGAGGGAAGGGAUAACAAAGAAGGACUUAAUUCUGUUUUUUUCGCUCCGUGGAGCUGCAAAAUUGUGUUCUGACAAGUUGGUAUUUUGACAUAUUCUAGAGCAGUUUAGGUAGACUGCGCCCGCGAGCCACGGUUGUUUGUGUCUCUGUUUUGGACCUCGUUCAUUCAUCUCCCCACCUAAAACCUUUACCAUUCACUAACAAGUACUAUUCCUUAGUUCAUUCUAUAGACAUGCCGCAGCAUACCCAGGCGCGUUCUUGGGGUACUCGUUUUGACACAUUGCUCUCUGCUCCUCCUCUCUCCCCAACAGAAGAUCCUAAUGUCACCACCCAAGACAUCCCUUUGAGCGCUUGCGACGACUCUAAGAAGUCUGCAGAUAGGAUCGUUCAAGACGCUAGCAUUUUCAUCGGAAGUCUACCAACUAAUAUCGAUCAUUUGGAGUUAACUCGUAUGCUCUCAGAUCACCUUUCUGAUCAUCCAGAGGUACAGACCAUCAAGGUCGUUCGUGACUCGAAGGGUGGAACUUGCGCAUUCAUCCAGUGUCAGGACCCUGAGACAGCGGCCAUGCUAAUCGCAAAUCUGCAUUCGUCGGACCCUAAACAAUUCAUGGGGCGUUACUUACGCUAUGAGCCCGCACGAGCCUUGAGAACACUACUCAUAUCCUACCGUACACCCCGACAGUUUGCACCUUCGUCAGACACCAAAUCGAGCUUUGGCGACCUUCAGGAUGGUAAGGCUGUCGACCUUAAUUUGCCUUGGGCGAUGAAAAUAUCUAGGGUCUCGGGCUCCCGGCACUUAUCACUCUUAUACAAUUCGGAUGCGCGUACCGCAGCGGAGAAUGAAGGCCUUCUGCCUCUCGGCGAUCGAGAGGCAGAUGAAUCCGGGGCAUAUUUUAACCCGCUCCUUUAUACUGCCGAAACUCUAAGGAAGAUAUCCACCAUCUUCGGGGCCAUUGAACAUUUUGUCCCUCACGAAUUCGAGUCAGGUGUUCAGCAAGAGUAUCCUCCUCCGCACGAUGCCCAGCGCUCUGCAGAAAUGGAGACAGGGUGCUGGGAGAUUAAAUGGUGCCACCGUGAUGACUGCGUUGCCGCUCUGAUGACUCUGCGCAGAGUCCCUCACCUGACCGUGACUUGGGCUCACCAUCCAGCUCAUCCACGCCAGCCGAUGCCAUACCAUGGCGCACAGGCUGUCCAAACUAGUCAACAACAUUGGCAAGCUCAAGCAGCUAGCUCCACACAUAUGACCCCAUCCCAUUGCCCAUUUCCAAACCGAUUUUCAUCCAUAGAUUCGCUCGUUGCCUAUCAUCAUCCUGGCACACAACCGAUCUCAUCGUCAGCUAGCCUUGGCAACAUCUCGCGUAAUUCGAACCGAGCAUCUACUGCAUUGUGCGACAUGACCUGGUCCUCGCAGAAUGACACAUCAGAUAGGACAGGCACGGCACCAAAACGUCCUCGAGCUCUAUCAUUGAGCCACAAUCCAUCAGAUGUGGACAAGAAACACUUCCCGCCUAUCUCUGAGACAGUCCAUGAACGGGAAACGAGAAAAUAUUGGAGCGACCGAAUGGAGGCUGCUGACGAAAAUCAGAGCAUGGUGACGCACCUACCAUCUAUGUCGGGUAUUUCAAACAUUACAAGCUCUACAGCACAUUUCAAUACAACACCGGUUCACCACGAGGAAUCCUAUGACAUUGAACUCGGCAUCCCUCCGACUCCCGAGUUUGGAACUUCGCCUAUGACCCCGAAAACGCCAGGGUCGUUGAUCCCUCGUACUCCUACCACCGGAAGCUACCUAGGCGACUUUCAGUCCGGAUCUCUACCCGAGUUCAAGAAUGGCCUGCAAUGGGAUGCAAAGCGCGAAAGUCCAUUGGAUCCUACUACCAUCUUCGUCGGAGGAUUGGAGAUGUAUGGCCCGAAUGCCUGGGAUGAAGAACGCGUCCGUAAUUUGUUCUCAAGGUACGGCGGCGUAGAGAAUGUCAAAGUUAUCCGACCAGUCAACAAGCGCUCUGCGUUUGCUUUUGUCACAUUCAAUAACAAGGAAUCUCCCGCUCGAGCUGUCAGUGAAGAGCACAACAGGAUUCUUGACGGACGCCCAAUCCGUGUCCAACUCCGUGACUGGAACCCUCCACAUCGCACGAACUGGAGAUCCAACCGUAACCGUGGGCGAAACCUUGAGGGGAGCAUGGUCCGUCAUGGUUCAGAACCGUCCCUUGUCUCCAGCGACGAUUUUUGCGUGGAUCUUAAUGUUCAGCAGCCAUCUGCGAUCGCCCUGGAGGAGAGGCUACAAGAAUUGAACAUCGACCAUAAGAUAGCCACCAAAGCCUCAAUGCCUGAUGUCGAGCAGUCAGAUGAAAAACUUGACGUUGACUCUGAACUUCCUUCCUCUCUAGUUGCGGAUGACGUACAGACCAUCAAUUUAGACGGCAUUGUCCCGUUUCAGGCCGCUUCCGUUACUCCUUCCGCCUCACAAACAUCGAUGACAUCUGCUCAACAUAUGGCUUAUCCCAUACCCACAAUGGGGUACUAUCAUCCUCAAGGAUGGGUAGCUGGUUUCCCGCCAUAUCACAUGCAGUACAUGGGGGCGUACCCUGGAUUUCCUCUUCCGCCACCGAUGAGCCAAUCGUUUCCGCCGGCUAGUGCCGCGGAUGCUCAUAGAACACCUUCAGCAACACCUGCUCCGAUUGUUCACCCAGGCAUGUAUGCUCCAUUCAUUCCAUAUCCGUAUCCUGCGAGAACACCCGUGCGAGAACAAGGCCAGGGACAGACCCCUGUCGCAACACAAGCGCCACUGAUACCUACGGGGUUCAUUCACGGAGAUCAGGGUAUUCUGGUUCCUGUUUACCCUCCAGACGCUCUGAAUCAAUACAUGUCCGGCGCUCAAGGCGAACAAGCUUCGACCUCCACAGAGACUGCUCUUGCUUCGCUCCCAGUUCAACCUCCUAAUAAUUGGAAGCCAUAUCCUCCACCUGGGUUCGCACCUGGCAUGUCAGUGCCGCCAGGGAUUCAGCACCCGAAUUCAGGACCUUUUCCGAUGAUGACUCCACAUGGCUGGAUGCCGAAUCAUGCCUCAUUCAGCAUCAACCAGCAUAUGCAAGCCCCAUCAAACUUUCCUCUAGGCUCUGGUGCACCCAUGCAGCCGGUGUUUGAGCAGCGCAAUAUCAAUGUACCUCCUCGUCGCCAACAUCGCAGAGAUCAUCAGUCCAAUUUCAAGAACGGAGGUCGCGGUCACCCUGGGCGUUACCCUCGUGGAUCAUUUGCAUCAAAUGCACCAAUGAUGCACGUACGUCCCACUCCGGGACCUGACCACUUCACUAGCUCCCAACGAGAUGUGCAGAGUGGUCCUGAAUGGAACCACUGGGGUACCCAGUGAUUGCAUCAGCUGCAUUGACAUGUCUCGAGUUAGGCACGGUUUGAUUUCUUUGUCUCUCUACACGUACAUUUUCGUUUUAUCUUCCUGUCUUCAAGCCAAUCAUUCUAAUAUAUCAAUUCGUUUUUCGCCUCCCUUAUCCACAAUUUUUUUUCAAGCUAAACAACAAAACAGCAAUUCAUCCAUAGAUUUGCCCACCAUGUUCAGUAUAUUCUCAUUGAUACUCAAUUAUCUUCCAUUCCUUAGGUCGUCACUGUCGUUUCUGUAUUAUCUGUCCGUGUCAUGUAUAAUACGCGAGUAUGUGAGAUACCUUCGCACCGAGGAUCCAGACACCACUACAGGAUUAGUCGCCAGUGGUC